GCGUCCCGGUUGCCUGGAUACCGAGCGCGUCCGUAGUGCCGGCUGGUGCUCGGGAACUGCAGGGUCUGGGGUGUUGUUGGAGGGGUAGUUGGUCCUCAUUUCCCCCGAAACCCGCGGAGGAGCGGCGCGCCGCGAUUCACCAGCCUGGUCACUUCUGCGGAGAGCGAUGCCGCUUCCCGACACCAUGUUCUGCGCUCAGCAGAUCCACAUUCCCCCGGAGCUGCCGGACAUCCUGAAGCAAUUCACCAAGGCUGCCAUCCGCACCCAGCCGGCCGACGUGCUGCAGUGGUCCGCGGGCUAUUUUUCAGCCUUGUCGAGAGGAGAUCCACUUCCUGUAAAGGACAGAAUGGAAAUGCCCAUGGCAACCCAGAAAACAGACACGGGCCUGACUCAAGGACUCCUGAAAGUUUUGCACAAGCAGUGUCACCACAAGCGGUAUGUGGAAUUAGCAGAUCUUGAGCAGAAGUGGAAGAACUUGUGCCUGCCGAAGGAAAAAUUCAAAGCGCUCUUGCAACUGGAUCCUUGUGAAAACAAAAUCAAGUGGAUAAACUUUUUAGCACUUGGAUGCAGCAUGCUUGGUGGGUCCUUGAACACUGCGCUGAAGCACCUGUGCGAGAUCCUCACGGACGAUCCGGAGGGCGGGCCCGCUCGCAUCCCCUUCAAGACGUUUUCCUACGUCUACCGCUACUUGGCCAGAUUAGACUCAGACGUGUCUCCCUUGGAGACGGAAUCCUACCUUGCCUCUCUAAAGGAAAAUGCAGACGCCAGGAAGAACGGCAUGAUAGGACUUUCAGAUUUCUUCUUUCCAAAGAGGAAACUUUUAGAAAACCUUGAAAACUCUGAAGAUGUAGGCCAUUAAUACAGAGAAGAAUACAUUUUCAUGUCAAAAUAGUGCUCUUUAAAAUCCUGGUACCAAAUACAACUUAUCCUGAAUCACA